ACGGACGGUCGAGAUCCUGAGUUGAUCUCGAACGUACGGUUGUGCCUGUUCCGGUGCAGUGUUCUUUUCAAUCGAAGCCAGUAUCGCAGCUCUGUUUCCUUCUCUAGUUUUGGAAUACCGAUUCAGGGUACCGAAGGAGAAGAAGAAGCCAUUGAAAUGGCGAGCUAUCUGUGGAGAAAAUAUGCAGAUUAUUUGUACACAAAGUGGGAGAAAACCUUCCUUUGGGACAUGGUUGAACCUUUCAGAAGACCCAAAUCCUUUCCUCCUUUGGUCACUCUUUAUGUUACUGCUUUCUACACUGGAGUCAUUGGUGCUGCCAUCACUGAACAACUCUACAAGGAAUUUCAGUUUUUGCAGUUUUCAUUUUCCGGCGUUGGUUGCAGUUGUUGGACUUUGGAUGCUUUCAAUUGA